AUGCUGCCGUUCCGGGGCGGGUCCGAGCCGAGCUGAGCCGAGCCGAGCCGUGCGGGGGGCGAUGGCAGCCACCAAACGGGUUCUGUACGUGGGAGGUUUGGCGGAGGAGGUGGACGAGAAGGUGCUGCACGCAGCUUUCAUCCCUUUCGGAGACAUCACCGACAUCCAGAUCCCGCUGGACUACGAGACGGAAAAGCAUCGAGGCUUUGCCUUCGUGGAGUUUGAGCUGGCAGAGGAUGCAGCAGCAGCUAUUGACAACAUGAAUGAGUCUGAGCUCUUUGGCAGGACAAUCCGUGUGAACUUGGCCAAACCUAUGAGAAUUAAAGAAGGAUCAUCCAGGCCUGUCUGGUCAGAUGAUGAAUGGCUGAAGAAGUUUUCAGGGAAGACUUUGGAGGAGAACAAAGAGGAGGGAGGAGCAGAGGCCCCCAAAGCAGAGGUGCAGGAGGAUGAGCCUCCUGCCAAGAAAUCCCGGGUCAAUCCUCAGGUUUACAUGGACAUCAAGAUUGGGAACAAACCUGCAGGGCGACUGCGGAUCCUCCUGCGCUCGGACGUGGUGCCCAUGACUGCAGAGAAUUUCCGCUGUCUCUGCACCCAUGAGAAAGGUUUUGGCUUCAAAGGCAGCAGCUUCCACCGCAUCAUCCCCCAGUUCAUGUGCCAGGCUGGUGACUUCACCAACCACAACGGCACCGGAGGCAAAUCCAUCUAUGGCAAGAAGUUUGAUGAUGAAAACUUCAUUCUCAAGCACACAGGGCCAGGGAUGGUAUCAAUGGCAAACUCUGGCCCAAACACCAAUGGCUCCCAGUUCUUCAUCACCUGUGACAAAACAGACUGGCUGGAUGGGAAGCACGUGGUGUUCGGAGAGGUGACAGAGGGAAUGGACGUGGUGCGAGAGAUCGAGGCUCAGGGCACCAAAGAUGGGAAACCGAAGCAGAAGGUGAUCAUCUCAGACUGUGGGGAGUGCCCAUGA